CCCUGUGCGUCACCGCCAGCCCUGCCUCCGCGCGCCUCCCCCUGUUCCACCUCCCCGACGCGGCGCGGCGCGGUCCGGCUCAGGGGCCGGAGGAGCGCGGGCGGGAGGAGCACUCCGUAGGCCCGGGAGAGCUCGGCCGGCCCUCGGCGAGGCGGGGGCACGGCGCGGCGCGGCGCUGCGAGCGUGGCCCGGAGAGGAGGGCGCGGAGGUGAGCGGGGUGGCCAGAGCUCCGGGGUGGCCGAUCUGGGGUCGCCGAGCAGCUGUGCGUGAGCUGCAUCCUUCCUCCUGGAUUCGGGGGAGCUUGGAGCUGGCCAGGUGGUGAGUGGGAGGGGUGCUAGAGGGCGUCCGUCGCACGCAUUCCGCCCCCUUAUCCCCCGGUGGUCCUCCCAGAGCUCUGGGAAGUCCUCGGGUCCGGGCCCAGCAGAAAGGAGGGAGGCCAGGAGAGACCUUGUCCCAGGUAGGAUGUGCCCGAGGAAAGGACCCGCAGGUUACUUUUGCCAGCCACUUUGGAUUGAUGCGGCACUUUUCACGGUCAGACAGCGCUGCUUGCCAAACAGGCCUUCCUCGCUACAUAUAGGCACUUCCACUGUCCAGCAGCAUCUGCUGCACUCUUUUAGAAAUGCAGCCCCCGGAGGCUCCCUCCAGACCUUCUGAGUGAGAAGCUACUUUUAAAUCCCCAGGACAUUCCUGGUGAUCUUAGAAGAAUCUCUGCCAUGGAAGCCAUCUCUAUGAUGGGAAGCCCUAAGAGCCUGGAGACAUUUUUGCCUAAUGGCAUAAAUGGUAUCAAAGACGCAAGGAAGGUCACCGUGGGGGUGAUAGGAAGUGGGGAUUUUGCCAAGUCUCUGACCAUUCGGCUUAUUAGGUGUGGCUAUCACGUGGUCAUAGGAAGCAGGAAUCCUAAGUUUGCGUCUGAAUUUUUCCCUCAUGUGGUAGAUGUCACCCACCAUGAAGAUGCUUUGACGAAAACAAAUAUAAUAUUCAUCGCUAUUCAUAGAGAACAUUACACUUCCCUGUGGGACCUGAGACAUCUGCUUGUGGGCAAAAUCCUCAUUGAUGUGAGCAACAACAUGAGAGUAAACCAGUACCCAGAAUCCAAUGCAGAGUACCUGGCUUCAUUAUUCCCGGAUUCCUUGAUUGUCAAAGGAUUUAAUGUGAUCUCAGCUUGGGCACUUCAGUUAGGUCCCAAGGACGCCAGCCGCCAGGUUUAUAUAUGCAGCAACAAUAUCCAAGCUCGACAGCAGGUUAUUGAGCUCGCCCGUCAGUUGAAUUUUAUUCCUGUUGACUUGGGAUCGUUAUCAUCAGCCAAGGAGAUUGAAAACUUACCCCUGCGACUGUUCACUCUCUGGAGGGGGCCAGUGGUAGUGGCCAUAAGCUUGGCCACAUUUUUCUUUCUUUAUUCCUUUGUCAGAGACGUGAUACAUCCCUAUGCCAGAAACCAGCAGAGUGACUUUUACAAGAUUCCAAUUGAGAUUGUGAACAAAACCUUGCCGAUAGUCGCCAUUACCCUGCUGUCCCUGGUGUACCUGGCGGGCCUCCUGGCGGCUGCAUAUCAGCUUUAUUAUGGCACUAAGUACCGUCGAUUUCCGCCUUGGUUGGACACCUGGUUACAGUGCAGGAAACAGCUGGGCUUGCUAAGCUUUUUCUUUGCUGUUGUCCACGUUGCCUACAGCCUCUGCUUACCAAUGAGGAGGUCAGAAAGAUACUUGUUUCUCAACAUGGCUUAUCAGCAGGUUCAUGCCAAUAUUGAAAAUGCUUGGAAUGAGGAAGAGGUUUGGAGGAUUGAAAUGUACAUCUCCUUCGGCAUCAUGAGCCUGGGCUUACUGUCCCUGCUGGCGGUCACUUCCAUCCCUUCAGUGAGCAACGCUUUAAACUGGAGGGAGUUCAGUUUCAUUCAGUCUACGCUUGGCUACGUCGCCCUGCUCAUCACGACCUUCCACGUGUUAAUUUAUGGAUGGAAGCGCGCAUUUGCAGAAGAGUACUACCGCUUUUACACCCCACCAAACUUCGUUCUUGCCCUUGUUUUACCCUCCAUUGUAAUUCUGGGUAAGAUGAUGUUACUCCUCCCGUGCAUAAGCCGAAAGCUAAAACGAAUUAAAAAGGGCUGGGAAAAGAGCCAGUCUCUAGAUGAAGGCAUGGGAGGAGCAGUUCCUCAUCUGUCCCCAGAGAGGGUCACAGUGAUGUGAUGACAAGAGGUGCUCACAGAAGCCACACACACUUCCAUUCACGCCCAUUACUUUAGGCCCUUGCUUCAGUCCCUGUCAGUGGACUGCCAAUUGGCAGCAGUCUGAAACCUGCAGUGAGAUUUCAGUGGAGGUAGAGAUUGGAUCCUUUUCAAGUUAAUUUUUAUAAAUGUCAUGUUUUUCCAACAUGCAAUUUUGUAGUCCACAUCUAUUGUUACAAUCUAGGAUUUUCCUUUGUGUGACUGUAACAUUGUUGUUCUUUUAACCAUAUUACAUAGCCAGGCACAAAUAUUUGUAGUUAAUAAUACAUAUGAAAUAUAACGUUUAGAACACUUGGCAAAACAGCAGAAUUAGAAGCUUUUAACAUUACUCAGUGAAUAUGCUUUUUCCCUGAGGCUAAAGAUUUUAAUUAUUAUCCAAUUUAAGGAGCAGAAAUGCAUAAUUAUAUAUUGAGAAGGGGCACAUCACAUUUACAUCUUGGGUAUACAGGAGCAAUCUUAUGCUCUCAUAAAAAUGGAAUGGGAAGAAUGUCAUCCAUUAUACACAGCAGUGUAUGUAAGCACGAAUUAAAGACAAACAGAAAAUUGUAUUUAACGUGUGCUGGAGACACAACAUACCAAUGCACAACUCAAGAGAGCUUUAGUCUCUAUCACAUUACAGAGCUGUUCCAUUUUCCUGUUUAUAUCAAUAAGGGGAAGGAUCCAGCAACACUUGACCUCCCAAGCUGGUACUCUCAAUACAGAACCAACCCCAGGAAUUGUGGACUUGUCCGUAAUUGUCACACAUCAGUCUGUAUUUGUUACUUUGGUUAGUCACCACCAUUCCUGUGUGGGAUUUUACCAACAUCCACUAAGGGCAUGUAGGAUGGUUCCAAAUGCUUACAACAAACCCAGGAAAUAGUUAUCUUCAUUUCCCAUAUGCAUAUGGAAAACUGAAGGACAGAGAGGUUAAAUUUGCCUAAGGUCACACAGUAGGCAGUCAUUCUAGGGAGGCAGAGCUUUAUAAACACCAGUAUACACAAUCCCUGCCCCAUCUCCACACACUACAUUCUCAAUUCCAGCCUAGAUGGUUCCUUUCUUGUAUAGUCAUUGGCAAUCCUUAGACUAUGUCGUGUGCAUCAAAGGAUGUCUAAAAGUAUCUUAAUCAUAAUUUUAUUAUUGCUUGUGGGUAGUCCAUAGUUGCCUGGAAACCCAUAGUAGCACAAAGUCUCCCCAUGCAGUGAAGGAAGGGCUGAGUAGGGAGAAGGUCCUAACAGUGUGGAUGAACUAGUGAGAUCCUGCAGCUCUUUAAAAAUUCCCGUAAGGUGGCCAUGCCCUUUGCUCCUCCUGAGAAGCCUUCCUCCCUUUACUACCAUUCAUUAGGAAGCCAUUUUAAGCACAAAAGAUAAUAGGACAAGUGGUUAAUUAUAAAUCUAUAUGAUUAUGUGUCUCUGGACACAUAAUCCACAAAAUCUGUCAGUGCUGGUCUUCCAUGUGUAAAUUGCAUUUUGUUCAAACCUUAGGAUAUACUACAUUUUCUCCAUUUGUUCUGUAUUUAUUAUAGUAAAAGUUCAAGACAAGAUGUAAUUGUGUGUAUUCUUCCUAAAAUUGUAUCGCCUCUAAAUUUACCUACUGACUUGAAUCCAACCAUCAGAAAUAAAAGGACUCUUAUUUUU